AUGACCACAAAAAACCCUCGAAAAAGAUUUGUAGGCAGUAAAAGCGCGCGGCCCUCGAAGCCUGGCGUUACAUCCGUUGUCGCAAAUCAGAUCCCCGAAGACAUUCUCUCCGACGUCCAGUUAAAUGGCGCCAUCCAGCAAUUGCCAUCAAACUAUUCUUUCGAAAUACACAAGACCAUCCACCAUGUAAGGAAGAACGGCGCGAAGAUGGUGGCGCUGCAGAUGCCCGAGGGCCUUCAAAUGUUUGCUUGCACUAUAGUAGACAUCAUCGAGCGAUUCACAGAUGCUCUGGCGGUCAUCAUGGGUGAUGUUACAUACGGUGCCUGUUGCAUCGACGAUUAUACGGCUGUCGCUCUAGGAUGUGAUAUGCUCGUUCACUACGGACAUAGCUGUCUCGUUCCGAUGGACCAGACAACUAUCAAAACACUUUACAUUUUCGUUGAAAUCGCCAUCGAUGCUGCCCAUCUCGCGCAGACUGUCCGUAUCAACUUCCCAGGUGAUCGUCUGCGCUUCCAUGCAGAACUCUUGGAUUCUGAGGAAAACAAGGGGGCUUCGUCCAAAUCGACACGCCUUGCUCUAGUGUCCACGAUACAGUUUGUAGCCGCUCUCUCGCGACUGAAGGAUGACCUUACUCCCAUGCUAUACACUGGAAGAUACGAUGCUAUCAUACCCCGUUCUAAGCCAUUAUCCCCCGGCGAAAUUCUGGGUUGUACGGCGCCCCGGCUUAGCGAUGAUGUUGACGCACUCAUAUAUCUUGGCGAUGGACGUUUUCACCUCGAAUCUAUCAUGAUCGCCAAUCCGACCGUUCCAGCGUUCCGCUAUGACCCUUACUCUAAAAAAUUCACGCGAGAACGGUAUGCGCAUGAGGAGAUGAAGACAGUGCGGAAUGACGCGGUGCAGACGGCCAGGAAGAGUAUUGAUACUUUUGCACAUCGGUCAGCGACGAACGCGGAAACCACUUCUGUCGCUAAAUCCCUGUCGGAUCCUCUCGAUGAACCCCCUAUGUGGGGUGUUAUCCUCGGUACGUUAGGUCGCCAGGGUAGUUUCAAACAACUGCAGGCCAUCACUCAUCAACUUACCCAAUCGCACACGCCCAUUCCAUACAUCCCCAUACUGCUCUCCGAACUCUCGCCUGCGAAACUGUCCCUCUUCAGUCCCCACAUAUCCACGUUUGUCCAGACCUCCUGUCCUCGCCUCUCUAUAGACUGGGGAUACGCGUUCGAUCGCCCCUUGCUCACUCCUUACGAGACCUCUGUAGCAAUUGGACAGGCUAUCGGUUGGAUGGACUAUACGGAGGAUGGAGAAGGGAAGAAGAUCGACGGUGUGUAUCCUAUGGACUUCUACGCCGCUGGCACGCCUUGGGCGAUCUCGAGAACGACAGCUUCAUUUUAA